AGGUUAAUUUCUACAUUGGAGCUGCACAAUGGCCUUCAUCCACACAAGUUUAACAAGGCUGAUGAGAUUUGCAGUCGAUCAGACGAAGGAUAUUAUUGAGCCAUUGAUGGUAACGAAGGUUCUCACGGAAUUCAGUGAAAGUGAAAAUGAUGGAUUAUCGCAUUACGCUCAUUAUGCCAAAUUUCACAAUUAUUUAGUACCGAAUAUGGCGAAACUUGCGGAAUACAGUAUUGAGGAGCGUGUUCGAGUCAUUUUUGGAUUCGCUGCAGUAGUUUCCGAUGAUUUUCUGAAGCAAAUUCAAAGAGAAGGCCUUGUUCAUCUCGAUAAGAAAAAACGAAUCUGUAAAUUUACUUCGCAUAAUGGAAAGUGGAAGUUGGAAGGAGAUCACAGUCACUCGGCGAGAAUGAAAAGGCGGUGGUCAAUGAGAGUCCGAGUUGUUGUCGGUCUCCCGAGCUUGAUGAAUUUUCUUGUUGAAAAAACGAAGGACAUCAUUGAGCCAAUGCUGGCGAGUGCAGCGUUCAGAGAAUUCAGUGAAAGCGAAGAUGGAGGAUUACCGGAACAUGCCUAUUAUAAUCAUUUUCACAAAAAUGUGGCACCGAAUAUGGCUAAAAUUGAGGAAUACAGUAUCGAGGAGCGUGUUCGAGUCAUGUUUGCACUCGCAGGAAGGGUGUCUGCUGAUUUUCGGGCACAAACAAAAGGACUUGUUGAGCUGGAUGAUGGAAAACGAAUUUCCAAGUUUACCUCAACUGAUGGAAAGCUGAAGUUGGAAGGAGAUCACAGUGAUUCGGCGAGAAGGAAAAGAAGCGCGGCAUUUUAUCGAAAGACUGAUCACCAUUGUCGUAGUGCGAACGAUUCAAAGCCUAGAAGAAAAAACGGAAGACAAUCGGACUCGGAAUUCUCUGACAAAAGUGGCAGUGAUGAAGAUGACGUGGAAUCUGCAAUUUCGUAUGGUAAUUCUCCGAAAAGAGCAAGAUGUGAAAAAUCCGCUGAUCCUGAAAUGCAUGUUUCAUCCGGAAGUGACGACGAUGAGGUGGAGGAUGUCGGAGGGAUGGACGAAGAGCCGGUGCUUCUGCCGAUUGAUUCUGAUGAAUCUCAUAUCGGCCAUUUGCAAAACGGUGAAGAAAUGAUGGUAGAAGACGACAAUCAACCAAUUCCUGAGGAUCCUCAAUACUCAGCCAAUUCGAGCCACCAAGGAAGAAGAAUGAGCGGACGUAUUCAAGAAAAGCUCUCCGCUUCGAUUGCUCAAGAGACUACUGAUGCUGCAGUCGCAAUUCCUCAUGUACCGAUUUUGAAUCCUCCAUUCGAAAGUGACGAUGAGGAGGUGAAGUAUAUUGGAGCAGUGAAGGGACAGCCAAAGCCGGGACCGAUUGAAUCCGUAUUUGAUCAAAUCAAUAAUCGAGAUCAUUUCCAAGGAAAUCAAGAAUACAGAAAUCAGUCAAUUUCUGAAAGAAAAGUUGAUGUCCCACUAUUCGUCGAACAUCAACAAAUCAGUCUUUCCGCGGAAAAUCGAGCCACUUCAGCUGAAUGGAAAUCCAUAUUUCUGCAUGAUUUCCUGAAACAGCUGACACAAUUCAUUUGUUUUUUCGAAUGUUCGGAGCUAGCUGAGAUCAAGCGAAAUAUCAAGGAAGUGAUGGCUGAUGAGGGAAAAAUUUCCUCUUUUCAAAAAUUAGAAAUCAUUGAUAUUCGUACAGUUCUCGGUGCAUUCUUCUUCGGAGUUAGCCGAAAAAUCAAAUCAACUGGAUCGAAUAAUUCUACAAUGAAGGCCAAAGAUUUCCUGGUCACGUUCAAGUACUUCCUUCUCGGAUUGGAUUUUUCCGAGCUUCUGGAGCUCAGCACAGUGUUCAAGAGAAAAUUGACGAGUCAGAUAUUGCAGAGAAGGUUCUCAUGUACAGCGACAUCCGCCAAGCUCUCCAAAACCUACUCUCCACAAUUUCUAAAUAACUCGAAUAGUUCUCAUUGUUUUUUACUGCAAAAUUUCUCCAUUUUCUACGUUUUUCUGUUAUUGUCUCGUUCAUAAUUGUUAUUUAUUCUCUCCCUUUUUUGUUCAAGUUAUGAAAGAAUUUUCGUU